AUGUUGGCUAAGUGGAGCCCUUGCGAACCAAGACACGUGCAAAGAAGGGUUCGAGGGCACAACAGCCAACUCAAAACCCUAAUCUCCGGCAGCCUCGAACAGAUCAUCUCCUCGGUCGGGAAACUUCUUUCAAUGGUCAGUCCAGAAUCAAACCCUCCGGCCGAUCCUUCCAAGGGAGACUUUCCGGACUGGUUGAAACCGGACGACCGAAAACUACUCCAAUCCCCCGGCAGCAGGGCCGCCAAUGCCGUGGUGGCGGCGGACGGCACCGGAAAUUUCACGAGCAUUCAAGCGGCAGUGCAGGCAGCACCUGAGCACAGCCGCAUGAGGUUCGUGAUCUACGUAAAGAGAGGUGUGUACAUGGAGUACGUUCAUAUUGACAAGAAGAAAUGGAACAUUAUGUUGGUGGGAGAUGGGAUAGACACCACCGUGAUCUCCGGGAGCCGCAGCUAUGCUGCCGGCUGGACCACCUUCAGCACGCCCACGUUUAGUAAGAUUGACUUCUUCGUUUUUCGUAUAGCCGCCAGCGGGCGAGGCUUCAUAGCCCGGGACCUGACGUUCGAGAACACGGCAGGCCCCGAAAAGCACCAAGCCGUCGCAUUCCGUUCCGAGUCCGACCUAUCCGUGCUAUACCGGUGCGGGUUUAGAGGGUUCCAGGACACCCUUUACCCUCACAACUUGCGCCAAUUUUACCGGGAGUGCAAAAUCACGGGCACGGUGGACUUCAUCUUCGGCCACGGCACAGUCGUCUUCCAGAACUGCGAGAUGGUGGCACGCAAAGGACUCCCGAAUCAAAAGAACACCGUCACUGCCAAUGGGCGGUCAAACUUGGCCGAAAGUUCGGGUUUUUCAAUCCAAUUCUGUAACAUCACGGGGGAGCCGGAGCUGAUGUCAGCUCCAGGCUCCAACCCGACCUACCUCGGCAGGCCCUGGAGAAAGUACUCGCGGACGGUCGUGAUGGAGUCGUACAUCAGCAAUGUGGUUCGGGCGGAGGGGUGGUUGGAGUGGGAUAAAAGUUUUGCACUCGACACUUUGUAUUACGGGGAGUACAAGAAUUAUGGGCCGGGAUCUGGAUUGGUGGGGCGGGUUAAUUGGGCCGGUUACCAUGUGAUUAAUGACCCGGGUGAGGCGGAUAAGUUUACCGUGGCUCAAUUCAUUAAUGGGAACAAUUGGCUGCCUUCCACUGGGGUGAGGUACACGGCGGGGUUGGAGAUGUGA